UCAAAGAUGGCGGAUUUCCUGCCGUCCCGGUCCUUUUUAUCUGUUUGUUUUCCUAACUGUCUCCUCACCAGCAGUGAGGCAGAACAAUUAAGGAAAUCUAAAGAGAUAGAUAAGUGUCUAUCGCGGGAUAAAACAUAUGUGAAACGGUUGGUGAAGAUAUUAUUACUCGGAGCUGGAGAGAGCGGCAAAUCGACUUUCCUCAAGCAGAUGCGCAUCAUACACGGUCAGGACUUCGAUGAACGGGCAAAAGAAGAGUUCCGGGCUACAAUUUACAGCAAUGUUAUCAAAGGUAUACGGGUGCUGGUGGACGCACGCGAGAAGCUACACAUCCCGUGGGGAGACUCGUCCAACCAGACGCACGGCGACACCAUGAUGGCGUUCGACACGCGGUCCACCUUGGUGGCACAGGGGCUGGUGGACACCAAGGUCUUCAUGCAGCACCUGCCCUCCAUCUGCGCCCUGUGGGCUGACUCGGGCAUCCAGAAUGCCUACGACCGCCGCCGCGAGUUCCAGCUGGGUGAAUCAGUGAAGUAUUUCCUGGACAACUUGGAAAAACUGGGAAUGCCGGACUAUCUCCCGACACAGCAGGAUAUCCUGCUGGCGCGCAAACCCACUAAGGGCAUCCACGAGUACGAUUUCGAUAUCAAGAACGUGCCCUUCAAGAUGGUGGACGUCGGAGGACAGCGGUCGGAGCGGCGGCGCUGGUUCGAGUGCUUCGACAGUGUCACCUCCAUCCUCUUCCUCGUCUCGUCCAGCGAGUACGACCAGGUGCUGAUGGAGGACCGGCAGACCAACCGUCUGACGGAGUCGCUCAGCAUCUUCGAGACCAUCGUCAACAACCGCGUCUUCUCCAACGUCUCCAUCAUCCUCUUCCUCAACAAGACGGACUUGCUGGAGGAGAAGGUGAAGACGGUGUCGAUCAAGGACUAUUUCGCCGAGUACACGGGCGACGCACACAGCCUGGCCGACGUGCAGAAGUUCCUGGUGGAGUGCUUCCGCAGCAAGCGGCGGGACCAGCAGCAGAAGCCCCUCUACCACCACUUCACCACCGCCAUCAACACCGAGAACAUCCGCUUGGUCUUCCGCGACGUCAAGGACACCAUCUUGCACGACAACCUCAAGCAGCUCAUGCUGCAGUGACGUUGCCGAUGCCAGUGCACCCCUCACUCACACACCCCACCUGACCCCUUUCCCCUUCCCCCUCACCUCACCUCUGCCUUGGUCCAAACACCACUUCACCACCUGUCCCUGCUGUCCUAUUUGCAGGAUUCACACACAUGCACACACACACAGUCACACACACACACACGUUUUCCCCCUGACCUGAUCUCUACAUGUCCAACCACUAUCCCCGUUUUGCCCCCUAAAUCCCCCUCCAACACACACACACACACACACGCACACACACACACACACACACACACAUACACACACACCCGAAAUGGGAUAGUGUCCCCAGCCCUUGUGCCUGGUUUUAACCCACUGUGGUCCCUUUCUCUGUAAUGCUCUGACCCGGGUUAAGGGCGGGUGGUCGGGCGUAGGGGACUUUGUAAAUGUGCGGAACCGCCACCGCUUUCCCUCCCCCCCCAGAGACUUGAGUGGCCACGAACCACUCGCUGCAUACUGAUGCGGGAGGAACGUCUGUCUGUCUGUCUAUCUGUCUGUGUUUGUUUGUUUGUUUGGAGAAAGUAAAUAUGGUGUACAAGCCCGCACUGUCAAACUGUAUAUCGUUGCCUUACUCUCCCCCUCCCCAGUCUCUUAGUGGCCGCUCUGAGUGACGGGCGGCCUGCCGCUCUGUCCUCCUCCCUGUCCACCAGAUGAAAAACUGAUGCAGAUGGGCAAAAUCCGCAAGCAACUUUAGUAUAUAGUGAAAAGGAGUGUGUUGGUUUUUUUUCCUUCUGUUUUUUUUUGUUUUGUUUUGUUUCUUUGUAUGUUGUAGGAUCCAAUGGAAACUCGAUGGAAAUCAGAGCACUGUCCUUAAAUGUCGCCUUUUGAGCCUUCUUAACACUGACCAACUACUUGCUAAGCAGCUGACCUGAUGUUUUGGAGCUGACCUGUGUGCCAGUUAGCUGCUGUCUGAGUAGCCAGGGUUCAUAAAUGAUUAUUAAAAAACCUUCUGGUGUUUGAACGGUUUGUUGUAUGGAAAAAAAGAUGUUCUGAGCCUUUGUCCACACCUUCCAGGCCCACUUUUUUGUUUUGCUUUUAUUUAGCUGUAGUUGUCUAAUCAGCUGUUUUAAAUCUUGAAUUUGUUUUAUAUACAUAUCCAUAUAUAUAUAUGGAUUUAUAUAUAUAUAUAUAUAUAUGGAUAUAUGAAUAUAUGAAUAUAUUUACCUAUGAGGAAAAAAACUUAACUUAUAUUUCAAGAAGUUUACACUUUUUUGGCUCUGGUGGAUUUCUGUUACAAGCAAUUGGAGAACCUUUUUUUUUUUCUUGAGGGGGAGCCUUCGUUUCAUGCGUGUUAAAUGUUUAGACACGCACACAGAAAGUAAACUGAAUACCUACUGUUUUAGGCACACACGACAAGAAAAGUUCUGCUAUGUCCAUGUUUUUGAUUACUCUCAGGGCUCCUCAAGAUGACCACUCUUGCAUUUUCCUAAAACCUACUUUCAAUUUCAUUUGUCACGCAAAGGAAGUGUUCACCGUUCUGAUUGACGGGUCAGUGUUUUGACUGGCUGGACAUUGAUUGGUGCUGGCUUCCACCUAUCACUGCCCUGCCCUGCCCCCCACCUUCCCCUGUAAAGCAGCUGACUCCUCCCUCUUUUGUUUUUGUUUAGAGUGGUUCUUAAUGCCAGAAGGUUACUUUUGAAGUGGCGAUAGCCAGUGGUGGUAGAAUUAACGUUUUAUUUCAUUCUUUUAUUUAAUUUUAUCUUAUUUUAUUAUUUUUUUAACAAGACUUUUUUUGGUUUGUUUUGUAUGUUUGAUCUUGGCCACAAGGUUCAUUGUCCUGUGACUUAAAAAGAAAAAAAGAAAGGCAUACAUGUACCUGACCUGACAAGAACCACUGUUUUUAUUUUUGAGGUACCAAUUGAACCAUUGCCUUUUAUUUGAUUCCCCCCCCCCUCUCUCUUCGUCUCUCCCGCUCUGUGGUGUGUGAAACAGAAAAGGGACGGAGUCGGCCUUUGCGAAGCCCUCUCACCGGUUCCAGGACUCUUUGUACAGCCCCCUGCUCACUUGCCUUGUUUGAUACAGGUGCGGUUCUAAGCCCUUCACUCUGUAGGACUUUACUGUAAAAAUGAGGAUGGAUGUUGAUUUGUGAGCGUGCCGUGUUGUUUUUAUUGCUCCUGCCUUUCUCUGUUUAUGCAGAUGGGUACUGCACCUCUAAAGCACAGCCUGAAGUGCAAAGGGCUGGCUCUGUUCCUAUAGGAAAUAACCCUACACACACACACACACACACACACACACACACACACACACACACACACACACACACACACACACACACACACACACACACACACACACACACUUGUGAAUGUUAAGUUCAACUUCCAUAUAGUAUUACUUGUGCACACAUAUACACACAUUCACACACUCUCCUGUUUUUAACCCUACUCUUCCUUAGUUUUACACACACACACGCACACAUACACCUCGGAAAGCCCUGCUGCCUGUGGCGGACAUGUUUUGUUGGUGGAGGAGGGGGUGGUUGUAAAGUAGAGGGGUCUUCUGCCUUUUUGGCUCCAAGCCCAGAGGAGAGCUGUAACGUUCAGACUCAGCCUUCAUGAGACCUCUACAUUGGCCUCCCUUGUCCUCACAUACACAAUGUCCCUCACACACAAACACACACAUUCACACAAUGUCCCUUGCCCGCACACACACUCAUUCACAUUCACAUAAUGUCCCUUAGACAAAAACACACACACAUACACACACAAUCAUCACCACUCUUGACACGCUCAAGCCCUCAGUGCCAAACUAGAACAGACAUGCAUGCAGCACAUUUGGACUAUGAAACCUUUUCUUCCUCCACACACACACACACACACACAUACACACACACACACACCCUAGCGACCCUUCCCCCAGCCCCUGGUGCCUGUCUGCUGUGCAUACUGACCCUUCCUCUGUGCUGCACUUUUUCUAAAUGUUCAGAGAAAAAAAGCAACAAAUGAAUUGUAGAGGCCUUCAUUUUUUAUUUUUACUAAGCAAAGGUUAAGGAAAGGGGGGAGGGGGAAACAGGACCUUGUAGUCUGUAUGUCUACUGUACAGAUGCUGGUACAGCAAUGGGUCACCCAUUCAGCCUCUUCUCGCUGACCUUGACUGCCCUUGAUGACUAACCAAAGGACCCCUCUGACCAAACAUAGAAGGUCCUAGUCAGCUUGCCUUAAAAAGUUGACCGUUAGCCUGAAUUGUUGUUGUUUUUUUUAACCCAAAAAGCGAAUGACUACUCUUUUUGUACAGCGGAAGAAAAAAAAAGGAAUCAAAUGAAGCUAAUUCUGAUGUGGCGACCAAAUGUGGAACGGGCUUUACCGGCCGUAGGCAGAUGAGGAUGAGUCACGUUGUGUGUCACUGUGUCAUCUGGGCGGCAGCCGUCGGCCACUGCUCGAGGGAGGGACAUCUCCGUUUCUUUGUGUGUGUGUGUCUGUGUGUGUGUGUGUGUGUGUGUGUAUGUGUGUGUGUUUGCCUAGCGUGAGAAGAAGCCCCACACUCGCUCGCUCACUCGCUCGUUCGCUGCACACAGUGUGCCUUUUUGCCCAGUUCUAGUUCCCUUUCAGUGCGUCAGAGGGCCGCAGCCCUCGCCAGACGUGCCCAGCACAGAGCGCGCGGUGAGCUGGUGACAGUGACGCCGCUGUGUGGGAGAGAAGGGAGCGCAGCUGCCAGCCAUGCAGUGCCCUUAACCAAUAGACCAAGCCAUGCAGUGCCACUUGUGCCACUUGUGCCAGCGCAGCGUCACACCACGCCAGUGUGCCCGUCUGUCCACCUUCUGAAAAAGCGCCGCGUGUUACCGCCAAUGUGAUUCGCCGGGUCACAUGUUGUACAUUUUAGGGUUGUUAAGGUCUGACCCCCUUCUAUCUCUCUUUCUCUCUUUUCUCUCUCUUGUUCUCUCUCUCUCUCUCUUUUUCUUUGUGUCUCUAUCGCUCUUUCUUUCAGCAGGCAAUGAUGUUGGGUCUGGGAGCCCUCUGCUUUCAAAUGUUGUAAUUAUGACCAGUACACUACUUCAGUACCCAGUAUUUCUACUCUCUCUGUAUGCACUGUGACUGUGUGUGCCACAUCACUGUGCCAUGUUGGGUGAAAACAGCACAGGGGAGGGGGGGGAACACGAAACAAAACUGUAAAGAAAAUUACUGUGUCCUGAGCUUCUUCCAAUACUGCCACCAGAUUUUUUUUAUAAUGAUUUUUGAGAAGGCCUUGGUUGUGUGUCUGUUUUGUGUUGUAU